GCCCUUCCGGGGCCGAAAGCGAAAGCGCGCUCGGUGGCUCGGUGCUCGCUCCAUCGGGUCUGGCUGGGCCGGCCGCGGUGAGGACCCGGUGCCUGCGCUGUGGGUUGGGAGCCGCGGGGCGGCAUGGAGGGGCUGGUUGCCGCCGCCGGCGGGGACGUCUCCCUGCACAACUUCAGCGCCAGGCUGUGGGAGCAGCUGGUCCACUUCCACGUCAUGCGGCUGACGGACUCGCUGUUCCUGUGGGUGGGGGCCACGCCGCACCUGCGCAACCUGGCCGUGGCCAUGUGCAGCCGCUACGACUCCAUCCCUGUGUCUACCUCCCUCCUCGGAGACACUUCCGACACGACCUCUACUGGCCUCGCCCAGCGCCUAGCCAGGAAGACCAACAAACAGGUGUUUGUCAGCUAUAACCUUCAAAACACAGACAGUAACUUCGCAUUACUUGUAGAAAACAGGAUCAAGGAAGAGAUGGAGGCUUUCCCUGAAAAGUUCUAGCUGAGUGGCAGAAGUGAGAAUUUGUUAACUUAUGUACAAUGCACAUGUAAAUAAAUGGAUUGAAUUUCAGUUUGUCGUCA